AUGAAGAUUACUGGGAGUCUCAGGUCAACCUUCCUAGUGGUCAGGUGUGUCUCUGAUAGCAGCGACAUGUCUCCUGUCUCAGAGGUGGAGGCAAAGUUCCAUCGAAGGAUCUCAGAGGUGCGGGAGGAGUUUCAAGGGCAAAUCUCUGACCUGCAGGCUGAGUUCUGUCGGGUGAACUCAGUGCCUGAGGGAGUGGUAGUUCCUGCAGUCUCCUUACAAAGGCCCACAUCACCCCCGAAGCUAAUCUUUGGUGUAACCACCUACAACCUGGGUAUCAAGUUGACAUCUUGUAUAGUUACCGUUGAUGAAGCUUUCCAUGAAUUGAAGAUUGUGUUAGAGGUCACUUCAGGUCAACACGUGCCUCACACACCCACACCUGUCCACCAUGCAUAUGUCACAGGAAUUACCCAAAAACACACUCAAGUUUGUUGUUAUAGAAGAGCCAUCUGGUGGAAGCUCUUUUCUGCUCCCUCCUGCCCGGGCCGCGGUGUGUUCUGGGACGAGAUGGUGCAAACCAAAACAGUUCGCCGCUCCAUCAAGCCGGGCGGCGUUCGCUUCGGCAAGCCCAAGAGUAAAAACAUUAAGCAGGCAGCCGAGAAGCCCAAGACCUUUGUGGAGAAACCCAUCGGAGGCGACAAGAAUGGCGGGACACGUAAGGUUCGUGUGAAGAAGCUGCCAGCCUACUAUGCCUCACAGCCCAACCCAAAGAAGAGGGCCAAGCGUGUCAAGCGCAACACAAAGCCCCUGCGGUCCACCCUGACUCCCGGCACCAUCUGCAUCCUCCUGGCCGGCAUCCACAAGGGAAAGAAGGUUGUGUUCCUCAAGCAGCUUAAGAGUGGCCUUUGUCUUGUCACUGGUCCCUUCAAGAUCAAUGCCUGCCCUCUGCGCCGCGUUAACCAGAUUUACCUGAUUGCCACGGCCACCAAGCUGGACAUCAAUGCGUUCAGUGUCCCCAAGAACAUCGAUGAUAAGUACUUCAGGAGGAUCAAGGCCAAGCGUCCCAAGAAGGAGGAAGGAGACAUCUUUGAACAGAAGCAGGAGAAAUAUGUGCCGUCUGCCCAGCGCAAGAAGGACCAGGCGGUUGUGGAUGGCAUGGUGAUGUCUGUGAUCCGCAAGCGUGAGGACAAGAAGAUGCUGUUUGGCUACCUGGGCACUCCCUUCGGACUCAGGAACAAAAUGUAUCCUCACAGGCUGAAGUUCUAAAUAAAUGAGUAAUGUA